GGGCCAAUGGCAGAAGAGAGUAUGGAAAACGGGCCACCUUGUAGGCCUCGAACCCGACGCCUCUUCUGUGGAGGCCCGCCUCUUUAAUGCCUCUAACGUCAUCAUCUCGCGGCCAGGCUGUUCCUGAGCUUCCUCUGUUGCCGCAAAGUAAGCCUGCGCGCGAGUUAGUUUCACGGCGGGCCGCGGCGACGAUGGCGGAAGGAUGUGGAGAACUGAGGAGAAGGAACACGUAGCCGUAGUUUCCCAAGAAGUUGUCGAUUAUCUGCCUAUAAAAUGAGUAGCUGCUCUUCCUCAAGAGUGGAUAGAGUUCAACAAACUCUGAAAAAUGUCUUUGGAUUUGACUCUUUCAAGACCCCACUGCAGAAGAAUGCAACCUUAACUGUGGUGAAAGGAGACAAGGAUGUCUUCAUAUGCAUGCCCACUGGGGCAGGAAAAUCCCUGUGCUACCAGCUUCCUGCAGUUCUGGCAGCAGGCAUUACCAUUGUUGUGUCACCACUAAUUGCACUGAUUCAGGAUCAAGUGGAUCAUUUACUCUCACUAAAAGUCAGAGUAAGCUCCCUUAACUCCAAGAUUUCUGUCCAGGAGAGAAAGGCCAUCAUAACAGAUUUGAUGAGUGACACACCUAAGACAAAGCUCUUGUACAUCACACCAGAGAUGGCCUCUUCUUCUUCCUUUCAGCCCACCUUGGAGGUUUUGGUGUCUCGCAGUCUUCUCUCCUAUCUGAUAGUGGAUGAAGCUCACUGUGUUUCCCAGUGGGGGCAUGACUUCCGACCAGACUAUCUGCGGCUUGGCUCCUUGCGUUGUCGCAUACCCAACACACCGUGCAUCGCCCUCACUGCCACAGCUACCAAGCGUGUUCAGGAUGAUAUCAUAGCAUCACUUAAACUAAAGCUUCCUGUCACUACCUUCAAGACACCAUGUUUCAGGUCCAAUCUUUUCUAUGAUGUGCAGUAUAAAGAACUCUUAACAGAUCCUUAUGAAAACCUGAAGGAUUUCUGUCUGAACUCUCUUGGGAAGCAUGAUAUUUCAGGGGCUUAUUCUGGCUGUGGAAUUAUCUACUGCAGGAUGAGAGAAGUUUGCGAGCAGGUGGCUAUUGAGCUGAACUAUAGAGGGUUGAGAGCCAAAGCAUAUCAUGCAGGUCUCAAGGCAGCAGAGAGGACAUCAGUUCAGAGUGAAUGGAUGGAAGAGAAAGUUCAAAUUAUUGUUGCAACUAUCAGUUUUGGAAUGGGAGUUGACAAAGCUAAUGUCAGAUUUGUUGCACAUUGGAAUAUACCAAAGUCUAUGGCUGGCUACUACCAAGAGUCUGGAAGGGCUGGGAGAGAUGGGAAGCCAUCCAGUUGUCGUCUCUAUUACUCUCGGGCUGACAGAGAUCAAGUCAGCUUCCUUAUCAAGAAGGAAAUUGCUAAGCUCCAGGAAAAACGAGGCACCUUGAAAGAAUCUGAUAAAGCUAUGAUGACAGACUUUGAUGCUGUGGUGGCCUUCUCUGAAGAGCUGAGUUGUCGUCAUGCUGCCAUAGCCAACUUCUUUGGAGAUGCCAUUCCAGAGUGCAACAAAUGUUGUGAUUAUUGUAGAAAUUCAGCAGCAGUUAAAAAGAAGGUUGAGGCACUACAGCAGGGCACCAGUGCCUGGAGCAGAACUUGCAUUGGACCUUCUGCUUCCUCUUGGAAUUCCUAUGAUCCAGACCUCUAUGAAGGAGGAAAAAGAGGCUACAGAUAUGAUGAAGAUGGAGGGGGGGUGUCUGAAGCUCAUGAAGACAAUCAGAAAAAGGAAUGGAAUAAUUUUUACAGGAAACAGAUGAAAUUGCGUAAGGGUAAAGAACCCAGUAAGGAUAACUUUGUCCUUCCAGAUGCCGAUUGUCCAUUGAAGGAUGCAGCCAGCCGGAAAAUUGCUAGGAUCACAGUGAAGGCUAGAGAGCACUGCCUGAAGAUGCUGGAAGAAGCACUGAGCAGCAACCAACAAGCAGCAGCAGCAAGAGAUGGUUCUAGCUCGGAUACCCUAUCAUGGGCUGUGGAAAUGGAGUAUGAAGCUUUCCAGUCAAGCAAAAUGGCCAACUUGUAUAAAGCAACUGUUCUAAAGAAGGUAUCAGAAAUUAACAAAGCUUCAAAAGAUGGAGAACUUUUUUCCAUUCUUAUCACAAGAGUCAAUGGCACUGCCAAGGUGAAGACUGAACCUACUGUAACAACUGAGGAUGAAUAUUUUCAAGCAUCCAAAGUGAAUACGUUUAAACCCAAGAGGGUAGGAAUUGGAAUCAGAAUGACAUCGGGCGUGUUCCAGUCUGCUUCAGAGGUUCUAGCUGCCAAAGAAGAGGACGAUGUUAAUCUUGUGAAUGAAGAGGCAAGCUCAAACUGGAAGGAGAACUCUCACCGUGACCCUGAGCCUGUAAAAAUUGAUAAUGUUCUUGAGAACAAGCUAAAUGUUGAAGUCAGCAAAAAUGUUGAUGACGUCCCUGAGAAAGGCCCCUCUGAUGCUAUUAUUUCUUUGGGAAUUAGUCCCACUAAAAAGGACAAGCCCACUAAGAAGAAGAAGUUGUUGGCAGAAGCAGCAAAGAAAGAGUCGCAAAACAUUGCCAAAUUCUUCUCAAUCCCUAAAGAAGGAUCAAAGUCCUUCGAUUUGACACAAGAGCCAAACAGUUAUCUCAAGGAACUACCUCAGUUGCCUUCUCAAAGAGUAUGCAAGGAGAAAUCAUUGUCACAGGAAAUUGAAAUUGUUCCCAAAGAAGAAAUAGACACAUCCCAGACAGAAAAAGACAGAUCUAAGAAAACAGAAGACCUGAGUCUGAGAAGUCACAGCUCAGGAGCAGAAUCCUUAUGUUUAGGAUCAACCCUUGAAAAAUCAAGUAGUGCUAGAUGUUUGACAGAAAAGGAAAUGACCAACAGUAAUGAAAAUCAUAGUGGAAAGAGACCAGGAUCAACUGAGGAUCUGGAGAGCCCUGCUGAAAAGAGGCUCAGAAUAACAACUACACCAUCCAUAUUAUUGCAAUUAGAGGGAAAAGCUGGGGGACUGGUGAAAAAGAAAGUAACAUUUGAUCCAAACUUAGCACAAGUUGAUAAAGAAGGCACCACCAAAAUCAUCCAGCCACCUACAAAAGCAUUAUCACUGAAAGAAACAGCAGAUAUUGUUGUGAAAUACCUGACCCCUUUCUACAAAGAUGGCAGAUUCGCUUCCAAGGAUCUGUUUAAGGGAUUUGCCCGGCAUCUCUCUCACUUGUUGGCUGCAGACAAGAAUCCUCUGCGUAAGAUUGUGAAAGAAGAAGCACAGAGACUGAUUAAGGUAUUCUUCAAAAACCGGAGCAAGUGUGAAAAUGAGAAGGACUGGCAGGACAUCAUGAGCUUGGAAACAUGACACUGAAUACAGCCAUUCUUUCUGCUUCCUGUGGCUAUUGGAUCCAAGACCUCCUCUCUGGUGGAUUCAUUGUGUCUGUUCUUUGUAAUGAUACAAAAGGGGAGUAGUGGGGUGGGGAUGAUAGUUUACAGGGAAUAUCCCUGGGAAACAGAUAUUCAGUGACUACAACUUCACAACUGACUGAAACAAUGCUCUCAAAAUUUGGUACUGUAGUUAUUAGGUAUUCUGACUACUUUACAAUCCACUUUGUUUUUUAAACAUAAAGGGACUGGAAUGGAGUAUUUUGUUGAGAACCUUGCUGCUACCCCAAAUUAUCCUACAUCCAGUCUUUUAGUAUAAUUGCUUCCAGCAGUAGCCUUAAACAAGACCUGUAGCCUCAGGGUUCCUGUGAUGGAGAAAUUAUAUCUUAUAGAAUACUUUUACUUUGGAGAAAAUUGUCUAAUUUGAUAUUGAAAGUUAAUUUGAAAAGGUUGCAGCUGUCAGUUCCAUUUUGAUUUUCUUAAGAUGUUGAUAUGUUCCUUUUAUUCUGAAAAGUUUCCUCUUGCAUUAGAAUAAAAAGUUUGAUCCACGCAAAACGCUGUAAGAAUUAGAGAACAUAUUGACAGAAGUGUUUGUUUGAGUUAGCAAUAGAAUGUGCAUUGAAAUUAAUUACCAAAAUAAAGAUUACAUGGAAGUCAUGUAUAACAAGAUGCUUCUUCUUAACAAGGUGCAGGUAACAUUUUUAUAGUAAAGGAGCAAAGCUGCUUUGGGUGAGGGUGUUCAGGUUGUAUGUAAGGAAUGUAGAGAGGUUUGUUUGCACUCAGCUCUAAUCCUGCAUGCUGUUUUGUUGCUUCAAACUGCCUCUCCAUUCACUCUCAUUUAAGAUUUCAAAUGUGUAUUGCUGGUUUCUCCCUAUGCACCCUCCCUUUUCCCAGUUUUCAUCAAGAUACUGCUUCAUGUUUUUAUAUGGAGCAGUUAACCAGGCCCAGCAAGUUUAUUUUAACUAAGAGAAGGUUAUAAAGUUUUUUGUUCUUAUGUUCCCCCAGGCUUGAUAUGUCCUCAGUUGUAGGAGCAGGACUGUACAGAGCCUUUUGUUUAUAAUAUGCCAUUAUAAUUUAAUUUGUAGAACCUUUUAGCUAAGAGUUCUGUCUGUUUCUUGAAACUUCAGGAGUGAACAGAGAUUGGGUGAAAACAUGCACACCCAAUGAAUUCUUUGUUAUAAAUAUACUUUCUGUUUCUGUGCAUCAAAAGUACACAGAAUUUGUGCCCGAGACAUUUAAAAGGGGAAGAACGUGUUAAUCAGAUGUAUUUGCACAAACAUUUGCAGAACCAAAUAUAUCUUUAAGGAUAAUUGCCUUUGCAAUGUUACAUAUUAUUCUAUAGUAACAUUGUAUUAUUACUUUAUAUUUCUAUUUAUGUGUAGAGGAUGCAUUCUAAACCAUCUCAAUACUUAGAGCAGACAUGGGCAAACUUCAGCCCUCCAGGUGUUUUGGACUUCAACUCCCACAGUUCCUAACAGCUGGUAGGAAUGUUAGGAAUUGUGGGAGUUGAAGUCCAAAAUACCUGGAGUGCUGAAGUUUGCCCAUGCCUGACUUUGAGGGAGGUUGUAACUGACAGCUGGUUUCACUGAUUUCCUGAAGAGCUUCCUUACAGAAUGUGUUGACAAGCACAUUUCAUGUGUGGCAAAGAGCUGAAGCCUCUCACGCGAUCCUUGGCUUUUGUACAUGCAUAAAAUAUAUGUUGGCAGGUGUGUAUAUAAAACGUUUUUGAGCACACCUUGAAACAACAUGGAAAGCAUUUUUUGUAUUAUCUACAGAAUAGUGUUUCUCACUGUGGUGCUAAAGAGCCCCCCUUCCAAUAGCAUGGAUAAUAGAGGCAUAGGCAAUUCUGCUAUGCAUAGUUAUUGGCACAAAAGAGAAGGUCUGUGCCUGUAAACCUUGGCAGCGAUUGAUGGUAAGAUUGCUGCAAAUAAGUAGAGGUUACAGGGAAUACUGCUGCUUCCCUAUUCCCAUACUUUUCUGAGAGCCAUAGUGUACAGAUUUUAUUCUGACAUUACACAGUGAUAGCUGCUUUCUCAACCAAGCACUUCUAGCAAGGAAUAGUGAAGCUGGCUGUAAAGUAACUUCCACGUUCUGGGCACAUGAUUUGAAUGCUUUGAUUUUAGCAAGGAAAGAGGUACCCUUUUUGUAUGUGCUAAGUUGUGCUAUGAGUUGUCACAGAUGUGUAUUCUGGCAUAACUGUGCACUUGGAAGAGUUAUUUCAGUCAGAAUAUGUUGACUAUCAAUUCUCUACAUUUUCAAAGCCAUAUUGCUUCAGUGUGUCUCUUGCACUAUCCUGAUCAACCACUCAGAAUUGUAGCAGAAUUGCCCAGGUUGUGGGCAAGAUGAGACUUUCUAUAUACAUGCUCUCAAAUAGCAACCCUUACAAUUGCAUUUUGUAGACAUGUGCCUUAGCUCUAUUCCCUACAGAGGUCACUGUAUGUUCUUACUACGUGAGCUCAUAGACAAAUAUAGAACUGGAAAACAGAACUUCUGAGCAGUGUAUGUGUGGAAUUGGGCUUUGUUAGUUUAAAAACUAUGUGCAAUCUGCAAAUAAAGCGAAUGUCAAAGUG